AUGGAGUAUGCACAGUCUCUCAAAGCAAGCAUUCUUCCACGGGAGCGACGCUGGCUCAGGCCCGCUGAGGAUCUAGCCCUUUUCACAGGUAGCUGGGUCACUUCCGCAGCUCUUUCCGGUCGCCCAGCUGCUGUCCGAGCUGUCAACUCACUUGGGAGCCGAGGAAAGGCGGAGAUUUACCCCUCCCCCACUGUCCAUUUUCUAGGGUUUUGCAUUUUCUUGGCAGGGCGGAGCAGCAGGAAGCAGCUUCGUUUGAUCAGAGACCCGAGGGACGCUCUGAGGCAGUCAGGAGUGGCUGUGGCGCAAACAUUUCUGCUUGAGUGCAAGGUCUCCUUGGGGGGUGAGUUUGUCACCCAUCUGCGAGCUCCUAUAAAUCACCCAAACCACCAGCCAAACCAGCCCCCUCUACGGUUCCACGCCUCCGGUCUCAGGCCGAACGCAAAGUGGAACGAACCGCCGCCGUCCCAGACACCAGACACAUCUCCAGCAACACCCCCCUCGGCCGGAAGCCGCAGCUGCCUCCCAGCCAAGUCUCUUAUCUGCCAUCACCAGGCUUAUCAGGCAGAAGUGCCCCGCGUGAGCAGGGCCCCCGGGCUGCCCGCAGAGGGUCAUCGCCUGAGGCCAGAGAAACGGCGCUUCCUCUUCCUACGGCUGGAUGCUGCAGUGGAGUCUGGGCUCCUCGGCGCGACAAGGAAAUCAACCAGACGGAGACUAAAAGGGACAUGCACAGCAGAGGAGCAGAAGAAGCAGCACGGAAGCAGGUGGUUGUUCUCUCUUGGGACUGAGAGAGGCCAGGCAGAAAUCCAUCUUCUCCAACCCAUCCUAAUCCAAGUCUCCAAUAUUGCAACCAGUGUAGCUAGAGUCAUGCACAAGAAAGCAGGAAAAUGACGAACACACUAGAGCUGGCAGGGCUGGUGCAACCACGCAGUGAACGAGGCGGCCGCCUAGGGGGCCAAGUGCUUGGGGGCGGCGGUGGAGCGGAGGUACUAAUGCGGAGAGUGGACCAGAUGAUACGUCUGGGGGAAGGGAGCAGAAGGA